UAGGGUGCAGAAUCAAAACAGUUAAAUUUGACAGCUCGACAUUGUCCCUCACAAGGAAAAUGUUAUGAAAACGUUCCUGGCAGGCUGAGAAACAAACCGUGAUAUUCAACCAACAUUUUCAGAAAGUGGGGCCGAGUUGUGGAGGAAUGCCAUCACGGGGAAAAGCUUCUUUUGGCCGGUUUAUCCGGGAGCGGUUGCAGCGCCUCUACAGCUAGCUGAUUAGCUUCCCAGCUCCAUGGCGAUCUACGGGCUGAGCAUUACCAUAUAUAGACCGGGCACGGAGCUCCCUGGCCGGUGAAAUGUAAACGGCGACGGGCUCGGGAGACUGAGAAAGGGAAAGCAAAGACAAAACUCAGCUUGAGAGACCAAAACCACCAUCUUCACCAUGUCAUCCGAGCAGAUCAUCGCCAUCAUCAUGGAUGACAAAACCUACGAGGUGAAUAAAAAGAAGCUGAUUGAGAAGAGCGACUACUUCCGAGCUCUGUACAGCUCGGGGAUGAGGGAGUCCACGGAGGACUCGGUGCAGCUGCAAGGACUCAGCGUCCUGGGCUUGGAGCUGGUCCUGGAGUUCAUCAACACCUCCAAAGUCCAGGUAGUCAACGAGACUCUGGAGGAUCUGAUUGAGACCGCCUCCUUUCUCCAGGUCACCUCCAUCCUUAAGCUCCUCACUUCGGAGAUCCGGCUGGAGAACUGCGUGGAGCUGUACAGCCUCUCCGAGGUGUAUGGGACUCACGACCUGCGUACCGCUUGCCUCAAAUACAUGACCUGCUACUACCACCCCAUGCUGAGGCGGCCCGAGUUCAGCAGCCUGGCCUCUGCUGUCAGGGACCAAGUCAAGGAGAUGCGCAUGAAUGGCACUGCCACCCUGGUGGCCAUCGGAGACUUCACCAGCCUGUCCCUGGACGUUCCAGAUCAGGAUGAGCCCUGGUCCAUGCUGAGGUAUGGAGAGGUGGAGCAGCGCUGGAAGCCUCUCGCCAACAACCUCCCUCCAGAUAUGAUCAACGUCAGGGGGUAUGGGUCGGCCAUCCUCGAUAACUACUUGUUCAUAGUUGGCGGGUACAGGAUGACGAGUCAGGAGAUCUCUGCUGUGCACUGCUACAACCCCUGCAGGAACGAGUGGAACCAGGUAGCGCCACUCAACCAGAAGAGGUCCAACUUCAAGCUGCUGGCUGUACAGGGGAAGCUGUACGCUGUGGGAGGCCAGUGUCUGGGCACAGUGGAGUGUUACAGCCCUGAGCAGGACUGGUGGACCUGCGUCUCCUCGAUGCCCGACCCGCUGGCUGAGUUCUCUGCCUGUGAGUGCCAGGGUAUGAUCUACGUCAUGGGUGGAUACACUGCGAGAGAGAGGAACACAAACAUCCUCCGAUACUGCCCCAUCUCUGACACCUGGACGACGUUCCGAUCCUGCCCGGCUCACAUCCGGAAGCAGCAGAUGCUCUCCGUGGAGGAUACCAUCUACCUGGUGGGUGGAUACACCCACGAGCUGGACACGGGGCUGCGGCGGCGACGUCCCAGCCAAACGGAGGACGUGCUGACGGUGCAGUCGUACAACGUCACCACAGGGGAGUGGCUCCAGCUGAAGGAGAACACGUCCAAGUCGGGACUGAACCUGACAUGCACGCUGCACAACGACGGCAUCUACAUUAUGAGCCGGGACGUCAGCCUGCCCACCAGCCUGGAACACCGCGUUUUUCUCAAAUAUAACAUUUUCUCAGACGCUUGGGAGGCCUUCAGGCGCUUCCCGGCUCUGGGACAGAACAUGCUGCUCUGCUCACUUUACCUUCCUAACGUGCUGUGACACGCAGAGCGGCGGGAAAGCUCGAGCACUGUUAACAGACCAAUUAUUGUUGCACUCAUUGGGGAUCUGUGGCGUCAGGGUGUGGUUGGCAGUUUGAACGCCUCGUGACCGCCGUGCCUCGGAUUUAAAAACUUGAAAAACGUGCACUACGCUAAAGAUACUGCUGUGGAUGCAAAUGGAAAAGCUAUAAUCACAAGUGUGGCCCAAAGCACCAGUUUGUGCCUCUCAUGUGUUAAAGUCAGCAGUCACCAUUAAAUAAUCACCAGGUGAAGUUUAGAAAACACAGAACCAGCUGGUUUUGCCUUUUGAAGGCAUUUCCACAACCCUCAAAAAGUCUCCUCUGACCAUCUGGAUGAGCACAUGAUGGUUGGAUUGCAGAUUUGAAAGGUGGAGGAACAGCAUACAUAUGGUCAAAAGAGUCUUUUAGGGUCCUGGAAAUGAUGUUUGAUGAGAAAAACAUUUCCAAUUCAAAUAGUGUAAAUUAUAUCACGUACAGAGCUUUAACAACCUCUUUGUGUGACGCAGCAUGUGAAAACCAAUCUGGAGUCCAAAUUUCAAAACUUCUAGUUUAACAUGCAAAAUAUUCAUUUUUGUUUCUAUGAAUUUCUUUCAGAGAGACUAAAAAGUCUGCAGCAUCACUGUGGGGAUGAGUUUUCCUUAUUAUUUGUAGACUGUGACGUUAAAAUGAAUUUUUGAAAAACUGGAAAUUAAUUUUGCGCACAGCCUGGAUCCUGCAUAUUUUUCACAUGCUGUGUUACUCUUUAACAUUUACAGCGUGACAUUUCUGUCCACACUCUUUCCAAAAAUCAUUUAACAAAAACACUGAGAAAAUAAACUGAAAGAAAAUAUUAAAUACAGCUUAAUUAAAAAAUAGAAUA